AUAAAGAUGGCUUCCAUGUUACUGAGAGUAGCCGGUGAAGGAACAUUCCUUAGAUCUCUGGUUCCAUGCGUGAAUUUAAUACCAGUGCGUUUUAGGGUGCGAAGAAAAAUGCCAUCAAAGAUAAGAAACAACCCUUUUGUUCAAAGACGCACGGAUUUCAUUAAAAAACUUGUGUUAGCUCUGGUACAACACGAACGGAUUCAAACUACAGAUUGGAAGGCUCAGCAGUUGAAGAAAUAUGCCGAACUGCUUGUCAUGUUGUCACUGAGACGUCGUCCACCACCUGAUCUGGACAUGAUUGAGGAUGGGUUUGUUCUUACUGAGGAAGAAUCUGAGCAAAGAAGGCUUACAAGGCGCAUUAUCAAUAGAAGAAGCAAAAAAGUGAUUCUACCUGUACCAGAGCUAACUGAAGAAGAGUAUGUUCAAAGAUGUAAAGAAGAGGCUUCAAAUAUGUUGCUUGGGAACGAAGAGGCACUAGAAAAACUCUACACAACACUGAAGGAACGUUAUCAAGAAAGAUAUGGCAAUUUUGUGACAAUUCAAACAAUUCCCAACCCUCCCCACUCCCCUUACCCAAACAUGGCAUAUGUUGAGUUAGUGGGGAACUCCCUACCCCCACUCCCCAGGUUGCCUGUGGUCAAGGGAGGGAAUUGGGUUGUUUACAACAGAGAUGAUUAUGAAGAUGAUAACAAGACUGUGGUGAAGAAUUUCUUCAAGUGGAUGGAACGAAGGAAAGUAAUAAAAGAAAAUGUAAAAUCAAGGAAAAGACAAUAAACAGGUGUAAAUAUAAUAAAAACAUAAAUAUUUUGACAUAUUGUAUGUGAGUGGCUUUAAAACAUCCAAAAUAAAACACAUCUGGAUGGAAGUAGAUCAUGUGCCCUUGAUUGUGAAAAAGCUGAUAAUAGAGUGUUACCCUCAACAUUGGUAAUGUGGCACAAUAAAAUGAUAGUCAGUUGACACUUUGAUAAUUUUCUUUGAGUUUCCUUGUUGCAAUUCAUGUAAUUCUGCUGAAGUUAGCCAGCUGUAAUGAAAAAGCGGUAUGUUACAGUAUUGGUCAUUGAUAAAAAGAUGUCAAAAAUAUUUCUACUGUGGGUCUGAAUUAUUUUCUAGUUAUCACAAA